AUAAUAUGUAAUCUCAUAUAAUUAGCGACCGAUAACUUAGCUAAUGCAAGGUUUAUCAAAUACAAGGAAGGACGCCGUUGACGUAACAGAUCCUAUGUUACCGAUUCAUGUGAAGCUGCAAAAAUGAGAUUAAAAGGAAUGAAGAAGAGACGAUGAAGUGAUCUUGGUUGAGCGCGCAAGUCAUAAUCUCCAUCACAUUGGAGACGUUCGAAGCACCACCACGUGAUGGCUGAUGGUAUACACACAGGACUCAAGCAGGAGGAGCACGUUCUCAUCUUGUUAGGAUUCAAACAUGAGUGCGCACGCGCGCGCGCGCGUGCAUACACGUGUAUACACGCCUUCACGCCAUUGCGAGCAUUCUCCCGCGCGACGGGAUUCAAAAGGAUUGACCGUGAUGCAUGCAAUCAACUACCACUUGUGCUACGAACCGACACACAUACGUCAUCUCGCACGUGAGGGAGGAUAUAUAUCGGACACGAACCGCUGAAAGGAUAUAUCCCUAACGAGGAGUAUUUCAUCGCUAAAGAGGAGUUAAUUCUCAACGGAGGACUGCGACCUUAAUUCAAUCGAGGAACGGAAUUGUAUUCGACUUGAAGGUACGAUAAACUACCGCAGUACUUUACAUCGAAUCCAAUCCUCGAUAUAGGACCGCAAAGAGUUGAGAAGAGAUUGUUUCGCAGACGGGCACGAGGAUGAUUCCACGGAACACACAAUUAGGAGACGGCUUUCACAUACUCACAAUUACACUUCAUCAGUCAUCAGGCGUGCGUAGAGAGGUCGAACAUCAUACGACUCAUUGGAGGAAAAUCUCGCCAAUAGUUGGCGCUCGCAGACAAUUAUUUUCAAAUCUGAUAGACUGUUGACGCGUAACCUAUAAGAAGUGGGUUUUAAUAAAUUAUAAUAAUGUUACCUCUGACUUUACUAAAAACAGCGCAAAACCACCCCAUGUUGGUGGAGCUGAAAAAUGGGGAAACUUACAACGGUCACUUAGUCAGCUGCGAUAACUGGAUGAACAUAAACCUCAGAGAGGUUAUAUGUACGUCAAGGGAUGGUGACAAAUUCUGGAGAAUGCCUGAAUGCUAUAUAAGAGGCAGCACAAUAAAGUAUCUGAGGAUCCCAGAUGAAGUAAUAGAUAUGGUAAAAGAAGAUAUACAGAUGAAAUCAAGGGGACGCGGCGAGAUGAAGGGUCGGGGCCAGAAUCAAAGAGGACGUGGCGGUGGAAGAGGUACCUUUGGCAGGGGAGGAAGAGGUCCAGCACCAUUGGGUCGUGGAGGUAGCACACAAGUUGGAAAUAAAUCACAAAAUAAACCAAGACCUAAAUGA